GAUGAGAGACGGCUGCAGGGCCGGUGAAGGGAUUUCAGUGAUCACAGCGUGAGCAACGGUACGAACGCACGUUCCAAGCCGAAGUGAAAAAGAAAGGUUAUACGACGAAAUUAGCUCGCAACGUGUACGCGUGCAAGUGCUGCAUAUGUUCGUACCGUACUAGCUAGUACCGGUAUUCAUUAAAAGGCCAAAUCAAAAACAACCAUAAUGAGAGAAAAAUUACCCGAAUCAAUUAAUUUCCCUAAGGAAGAGGAAACUAUUCUUGAAUUAUGGAAAAAACUUGACGUUUUUAAUAAUUGUCUGCGGCAGUCAAAAGGUAAACCAAGGUACUCAUUUUAUGAUGGUCCACCAUUCGCCACGGGUUUGCCUCAUUAUGGUCAUAUACUUGCUGGCACUAUCAAAGAUAUUGUCACUCGUUAUGCUCAUCAAACCGGUCAUCAUGUUGAACGACGAUUUGGAUGGGAUACUCACGGGUUACCGGUCGAAUAUGAAAUUGACAACGUCCUGGGAAUUAAGGGUCCGGAUGAUGUUGCAAAAAUGGGUAUCGCCAAUUACAAUAAAGAAUGUCGCAAUAUCGUGAUGCGAUAUGCGGGAGAAUGGGAAAAGAUAGUAAACAGAAUAGGACGCUGGAUCGAUUUUAAAAACGACUACAAGACCCUUUAUCCUUGGUACAUGGAAUCGAUAUGGUGGAUUUUCAAGGAGCUUUACAACAAGGGUCUCAUUUAUCAAGGUGUUAAAGUGAUGCCAUAUUCGACAGGUUGCAACACUCCACUGUCGAACUUUGAGUCAGGACAAAAUUACAAAGACGUUGUAGAUCCAUCGGUUGUAGUAGCUUUCCCUCUGUUGGAAGAGCCAGGAGUAUCGAUUCUCGCAUGGACAACAACGCCCUGGACGUUGCCAAGUAAUCUAGCGCUUUGCUGCAACCCCAAUUUCGAAUACGUCCAAGUGAAGGAGAAAUCUUCGGGAAAAAUGUACAUUAUACUCGAGUCGAGUCUUGACAUGAUUUUUAAAUCCAGCGAUCUUUAUGAAAUAAUGAACAAAAGAAAGGGCUCUGAACUCAAAGGGAAGACUUACGAUCCGCCGUUUCCGUACUUCCUUUUCAUGCGAGAAAAAGGAGCUUUUCGUGUAUUAAACGACACUUACGUGACUUCGGAAACGGGAACAGGAAUAGUUCAUCAAGCUCCGUAUUUCGGUGAGGACGAUUAUCGUUGCUGUUUGGAAGCCAGCAUAAUUACAAGAGAUCAAGAAGUUAUCUGUCCCGUGGACAGUUGCGGAUGUUUCGAGAACGUGGUAAAGGAUUUCGCGGGGUUGUACGUAAAGUCCGCGGACAAAGAGAUCAUGAAGAACCUCCAAGAGCGCGGUCGUCUCGUUUGGAGCGGCCAAACGAAGCAUAGUUAUCCUUAUUGCUGGCGUUCGGAUACUCCGUUGAUUUAUAAAGCUGUACCAUCGUGGUUCGUUCGCGUCGAGUUCAUAAAGGACAGUCUGCUGUCCUCAAGCUCCGAGACUUACUGGGUACCGGAUUACGUGAAAGAAAAAAGGUUUGGAAAUUGGUUGAGAGACGCCCGUGAUUGGGCCAUAAGUAGAAAUCGUUAUUGGGGCAAUCCGAUGCCAAUUUGGAUGUCUGAGGAUAAGGAAGAAGUAGUUUGCGUCGGAAGUAUAGCCGAGCUCGAGGAAUUGACCGGCGCGAAAAUCACGGACAUCCAUCGCGAGAGUAUCGAUCAUUUGGAAAUCCCUUCGAAGCGUCCUGGUUUUCCGCCGCUUCGUCGAAUCACCGAAGUUUUCGAUUGUUGGUUCGAAUCUGGCUCGAUGCCUUACGCUCAAAUGCAUUAUCCCUUUGAACGCGUCAGUGAUUUUGAACAGAGCUUCCCAGCGGAUUUCAUCGCUGAAGGUAUCGAUCAAACCCGCGGUUGGUUCUACACUCUUCUCGUCAUAUCGACCGCUCUCUUUGGCAAAGCACCCUUCAAAAAUCUCGUUUGCAACGGUCUCAUCCUCGCCGCUGAUGGACAAAAAAUGUCGAAGCGGAAGAAGAAUUAUCCGGAUCCUACCGAAGUCGUUGAUAAAUACGGAGCCGACGCCCUCCGUCUCUACCUCAUCAAUUCGCCGGUCGUAAGAGCCGAAAAUUUGCGCUUCAAGGAAGAAGGUGUCAGGGACGUUAUAAAAGACGUUUUCCUUCCCUGGUACAACGCUUUCCGUUUUCUCAUGCAGAAUAUCGAGCGAUACGAGCGCGAAGAAAAACGUCAAUUUGUCUACAAAGAGUCGACGGUGACCUCGGGCAUUACCGACAACAUAAUGGACAAAUGGAUAUUGUCGUUUACUCAAUCGCUGCUUGAAUUUAUGAAAAAAGAAAUGCAAGCCUAUAGGCUGUACACCGUGGUUCCACGACUCGUUAAAUUCAUAAUGAACCUGACGAACUGGUACGUUCGUAUGAAUCGUCGUCGUAUAAAGGGCGACAACGGUCUCGAAGAUUGUGAGCACGCUUUAAACACGCUCUUCACCGUGGUUUACACGAUGGCACGUAUAAACGCUCCAUUUACACCUUUUCUCAGCGAAUUCAUGUUCCAACAUUUGUCAAAACUCAUUGAGCCAACAAAAGAAAAUAUGGAGAGUGUGCAUUACCUAAUGAUACCGGAAGUGCGCCGUGAAAUGAUCAACGAAAAGAUCGAAAGAGCUGUUUCUUAUAUGCAAACAAUUAUCGAUCUCGGCAGGAUUGUCAGAGAUCGUAGAACCAUACCAGUGAAAUAUCCUCUUCCUGAAAUCGUCGUCAUACAUCAGGAUCUCGCCAUCCUCGACGAAAUACUCUCCCUCAAAUCUUACGUUCUCGAAGAGCUUAAUGUCAAAGAACUCACCGUUACCACGAACAAGCAAAAGUACGGUGUCAAGCUCAGGGCCGAACCGGACCACAAGAACCUCGGGGCCAGACUCAAGGGGGAGUUUAAGGCAGUGAUGCAAGCGAUAAAGCAAUUGACCGACGAGCAACUGCAAGAGUUUCUGACGACGAAGGAAAUCGUUGUGCAGGGACACAAUCUCAGUGAGCAAGACAUUCGUCUCAUGUUCAGUUUCACCGGACCAGCCGCCGAACAAUUGUCGAAUCGGUACGAAGCUCACAGCGAGGGCAAUGUCUUGAUAUUGCUGGAUGUAACGCCAGACGAAUCGAUGCAGGACGAGGGAAUCGCCAGGGAAAUCAUAAAUCGCGUACAAAAAUUACGUAAAAAGGCACAACUCGUGCCGUCCGACGAAGCUGACGUUUAUUACGAGAUCAAGGAUGAAAAAAGUUCACUCGCCCGAAUAAUCGUCGAGUACGAGAAAUUUAUCGAGAGCACGACGAAAACGCCACAAAAACGUAUCAGUGAAUUAACGAAUGACGCGUGCAUUAUCGUCGAAGAGAUGCAACAAGUCAAGGGCGUCGAUAUGAAACUGAUAUUGGCUAAGAAAACGACUUGCCAAAAAUCCAUUCAAAAACAAACAGAAAAACCUUUAACGGAAUUCGUGAACGUUGAAAUCGUUGGAUUAAAACCAAGGUUCGGUGCUCGCAGCAAAGAAGGUACCAUUUUAUUGCGUAAUUCAAAAACGCAGCAAAUCAUCAAUUAUCAAGAGUUGAGGAGAGAAAUCAACGUCAUCUUCGGAGUUUACGGCUGUCACUACGAUCUCUGGUUCGAUAAUGAAUCAAUCAAUGAGAAGAGUGACCUUAUAGAUCUCAAUGGGAGACGCAUUUAUGCAGUAAAACAGGCUAGUGCGUUGCCAAAAUUCUCGAACAAACCUGAAACCCCUGUAUGUGAUUUCAUCAAUCGAGUCAACCUCGCUGCUCAACACGGCUACACAGUUCUCGUUGAAAAUCCUCGAGGAGAUUUCGAACUGUCAAAACAAAUGGAUUCAUUUUUUUAUUAAUUUCCUCUACGGAACACAAUUUUCUUUAGCACAUUGAACAUUCGUUGCACCAUUACGACUUUUCGAUUCACUUUCGUGUUAUUUUUGGUUGUGCUCAGCAUGUGGUAUUUAUACUCUUUUUUUUCAAGACCAGAACAUGUUAAUACAAAUUUCAUCAGUAUUUGAAGGAAAGUUGAAGUUUGCAAAAGAAUUUACAACAUGUUAAUAAUUUAUUGGAGAAAGUGAAUGCCCCGAGAUUUUCGUUGAUGGAAAUACACGUGUAAAACCA